GCUGAGUAGCGUCUGCAUUUCAAGAUCCAGGAGCCACCAAAAUGAUGCCUUUUGUUCCUUUGAUCCUGGUGUGCAUUUUGUUUCCUGCCAUUCAAGCCACACAACUCACAAAAUGUGAGGUGUACCAGGCCAUGAAAGACAUGGACGGCCAUGAAGGCGUCACUUCGCUCGAGUGGACCUGCAUUGCAUUUCACAGCAGUGGUUACGACACACAAACUAUAGUCAAGAACAAUGGCAACACAGAGUACGGACUCUUCCAGAUCAGUAACAAACACUGGUGUGAGAGUAGUGAGGUCUCCGAGUCAGAGAACAUCUGUGGCAUUUCCUGCGACAAGUUCCUGGAUGAUGACCUCACCGAUGACAAAAUGUGUGCCAAGAAGAUCCUGGAUAUCAAAGGGAUCGACUACUGGAUGGCACACAAACCACUGUGCUCUGAGAAGCUAGAACAGUGGAGCUGCGAGAACCUGUGAGCUCCUGAUGUCCUUGUCACGCCUGCCCCAUGUUCUGGAAUGCCUCUUCCCUAAGGCUACCUCAGUCCGGCUCUGUUUUUCCACCAUGAAGACGAUCUGCCUCUGAGCCCUGUACCCUGUAGCGACACCACUGGACUCAGGAGGGAUUUUGUGAAAGGGUGUGUGACAGGAGCAGUGGACUGCAGACUCUUGCUUGCUUAGGGAUGGUGAGGGUCUCGGCAUUUUCACCAAAGCAAGAGUCCUGUCCUGUUCUAAAUAAAGGGCCUGACUUGA